AGCCUCCCGCGGCUGCUCACCCAGCCUUCCUUCCCCAGCUGGGACAGCACCCGAGCCUCUCGGACAUUGGACCAUGGACCCUGGAGAAUGCACCUGCAUGUCUGGAGGAAUCUGCAUCUGCGGCGACAACUGCAAAUGCACAGCCUGCAGCUGUAAAACAUGUCGGAAAAGCUGCUGCUCCUGCUGCCCCCCGGGCUGCACCAAGUGUGCCCGGGGCUGCAUCUGCAAAGGGGGCGCAGACAAGUGCAGCUGCUGCCCCUGAGACCGUCCAUCGCGCUGGGAGGGAGGCCUGGGAAGCGUCUGUACAGUGCACGAAUGGAGGAGGUGGAAUGAUUGUACAAUAGGUUGUGCUUUUUAUAUAUUUGUCCAAAUGUGGUGUUGGUGACAUUCCUGUAAAGUGCUCGGAGCAAUAAAGUUUUCCCUCGUGGUCGUCUGGUGGCUCAGAGUAUUGUUGUCCCCUAACCAGCGGGACCGAGAAGGGCUGGCUCUGUUGCAGAUGGCUGCUUACUGCAGGGCCCUGCAGCUCUGCCUGCGGGCUUUCUCCUGCUGCAGGGGCGUGCUUGACCCAUGCACAGGCAGGCCAGGGGUGCAGGGGAAUUAAUGCCCCUGGGCGCAGCCCUUAACCAAU